AUGACUUCAUCGCGGCCGGCCAUCGUUGUGAUUACUAGCCCGCAUCCGUCAGCACCACCUGCGCCUCCCGCACCUCCUGCCCCGCCUGCUCCACCGGCGUCGCCUGCGCCACCCGUGUUUUCCCCGGGUUUCGUUUCCCACCAGGACCGGCCUCUCUUCGAGCCCCCGGACGAGGAGGGCUUUCCCGCGCCAGAAGACGUCAGCGAAAACCGCGAUGAGACCGACGAGGCGGCCUACGGUGUUGGCGACUUCCCCAUCCCCACCUUUCCCGAAGACCUCGUCGAGGUGGGAGAGGACGUCCACUCCUCCCCCUUGGUGGAUGAGUGGGUCAACCCCCUCUACACCACGACUGCUGACGACGAGGAAGCUGCCCGGGAGGCGGACGACGAGGACUGUGGGGACAUGCCCGCGGAGGAGGAGGAGGCGGAGGAGGAGGAGGAGGAGGAGGAGGAGGAGGAGGAGGAGGAGGAGGAGGAGGAGGAGGAUGCCGAGAUGGAGGCGGAGGAGGAGGAGGAGGAGAUCGAGGGGGAGGCAGAGUGGGGAGACGUGGAGGAGGACGAGGUGGAGUAG